CAGUAGUUAAGUAAAUAUUUGACCUCGCAUAUCGUAUCGACCUUAAAAGAGUCAAAACGGAUGGUCCGAUUUCUCAAAAACAUCUUUCGGAAUUGACGUCUACGUACUUCACCGUGGCAAGACUUUGGCAGAGUAAAGUGGUUAAUGAUGUGUAUAUUGUGACUUUUUUGGAAGAAACCCAAAGACCGUCUGAUGCUGCCUCGCCGGGACUGCGGUGCUCCUGUUUCUCGUAACGUGUUUUCUGAGUAGUUCAUGUUUGAGAAUUUACGAGAUCAACCUGAAGGCAGCAUAUCCCGUCCCUCGAAGUUAGCUAGCUAGCAUUAUCUGCAGUAGCCGGUAGGAGUGGGGCGCAGCAUCAGCACCAUCCGUACACAAUGACAUAAGCAUCCACCGGCUUGGUUUACUGUACGGGGAGACGGGGGGAAUAUCUCCGACACCAGAUAAAAAUGAGUCGCUUCUCCUCGGACAACAACAACUUUCCGUAUGACAACAACGUGCUGGUUCUGGACAUGGUGCUGGGCUCUCUGGGGGGAUUUCCCCAGCCCAUAAACUGGGACAACGUAGCCAAGCUGGUUCCAGGAUUCUCUCCCAAGGAGUGUGCGCGUCGUUUUGAGGAGCUGAAGAACGCCGGGGUUUUUCCUCGCGUGGACAACCAGAGUAACGCGCUGACGGAAGGAAGCGCCUCGCCUUCGGAGGGCCUGACCGCGCCGCUGGACGCUGAGGAGGAGGUGGAGACGGGAGGCAGCCAGAGCAGCAGCAAAGUUACAGGCUCCAAAUCACCGGCCACAGGAAGUGUUGGUGCUGUGGAGAAAGAAGAGAGACGAGCCUCCGCUGAGGAGGAUGACAAACCGCAGAAGCCACGAGAUCCCAACAUGGUCAUCCACGUGUGCGACGAAACCAAGAACCUGAAGCAGGACUUCACUUGUCCCAGAGACCUCCUGGUUAAAGAGAUGCGCUACUUCGCUGAGUACUUGUCUGUGGACACCCAGAGGUGGGAGGAGGUGGACAUCUCCGUCCACUGCGACGUGCAGAUCUUCGACUGGCUCAUGAACUACGUGAGGAGGAACUCGGCGGGGGAGGGCAACAAGGACAAACCCCGCCUCGAGCCCAGCAAUGUGAUCUCAAUCCUCAUCUCCUCCGAGUUCUUGAAGAUGGAUACGUUAGUGGAGGAGUGCAUCCAGUACUGCCACAAACACAUGAGCGCCAUCGUGGCCACGCCCUGCAACAUGAACUGCAUCAACAGCAACCUGGCGACGCGCAUCGCCGAGCUCUUCAGCCACAACGAGGCCGACGACAUCAGGGACAAAAAAGACAAGUUCAAAAGCAAAUUGUUUCAGAAGAAGAUCGAGCGUGUCUUUGAUCCCAACUACCGCAGCAGGGAUUCACCGGGAAACGCCUCGACUCUUUACAGGUGUGGUUUGUGCCUCAAGCUGCUGACCAAAGACACGGAGAGGAAGAUUUCUUGCGUUCCAGGAAAAAUCAACGUUGACGCUCGCGGAGAGAUCGUCUACUCGCACACUAAACAGAAGAGCUGGGAUGUGCACGAAUACAUCACAGGUCUGUAUGAGGAGCUCAAGUCCUGGGUCCUGGUCUACUGGAGGAUCUGGGGUACCAUCAACUACCUGACCUGCUCCCGAUGCCAACAGGUGUUUGUGUGUGCAGAGCUGACCCAUUGCAAGUACCACCCGGACAGUGUGCUGUACUGCGGCGGGGGUCCGGAUAAAGCCUGGCACGGGGCAGGAAUGUACCCCUGCUGCAACCAGAGGGUUCUCCGCUUUGACCCGUCCGGUAUGCCCAAGGGCUGCAGGAUGCGAGACCACAUAGUGAUCGUCCCCGAUGAAGAGAGCUGCGACGAGGCGACUUCGGCCCCGACCCGAGUCCUCAACGACCUGCUUCUGCACAGAGACGCCGUGUGUUUGUCCAACUCGCCGCCUGCAGAGAGUACCGAGGAGAGUCCGUCCAGUGCAGAAAAGCUUCAGGACUGCGACGUCCUCUUGGAGCCGACCCUGCUGGGACCACUGAGAGGAGACGGCGGCACCUUUUCCCUUUUGAAAAACUGGAGUCUGCAACUGAGGCAGCAGACUCUCCUGUCAGAGGAUGAGGAGUACACCACGGGGUCAGAGGUCACCGAGGAUGAGGUGGGGGACGAAGAGGAGAUGUCCAAGAAACAAGCUGCCAAGAAGGCCAAGAAAGCCCAAAGACCUCUGAAAAAACAAAUGUCCUCCCCAAACUUCCAGCGCAAAGACAAAGCAGAGAAAACAACGUCCAGGGACAACACACCUUUCACCGUGAGUGUCCAGAAGAACAAGUGGGACAUUUCUCGCUCCAUAAGAUACAACCAGGACGCUCAGAGGGAAGAAGACCAGCGUCGCAUGAUGGAGAUCAUCGGCUACUUGACGAAGAUGAGGUUCGGAGACGAAGAGCAGAGCAAUUUGAAGGACACCAAAGAGCCUACAGGUGGGAUCUACUCCAGACUGGAAGCGCAAUUUAAGAGUGUCGCUCAAGGCAGACAGAGUUCAGAGAAGACACCCAGAUCUAAAAUGCGCUACGCUCAGAUCCGGACCACCUAAAGGCCCCGACGGGGAAAAGGCAGCAGAGCCGUCUAAGAGACGGGCCUGAGAGCUGAGUGGGAGCUCGCGAGGACGAAGAGGAGGAGGCGAGAUCCUUCAGCGAGGACUCUGGAGCAAAAUCACUUCCCGCUGUGAUUCCCCCUCCACCCGACAGCACAGCCCCCACACAUAAUACCCAGCCUCACACUCUCCUCCCCUCCCCCCUCUCUGACCUUCACUGGAGUGACUACAUUAUCGAUCACCGUCAAUCAGCUGGCUUCUUAUUUGUGCAGCUGUGGUCCGUCCUGAGGGGGAGAAAACAGGAUGUCUGGACGAAGCGCAGCGCGUUGGCAAAAUGCACUCGCUCCACCUCGAGGUGCAUCUUUAGGAUUCAGUGUCGGAGCUGCCAGAGCUUCUACCAAAGGACGACGCGAGAGAGGCUAGUUUAUUCUUUUCCGUCGUUAUACACGCAAGAUCUGAACCAUUCGGAUCAGACGCUAAAGGCCUGGAUGGCUCCUUCCACACAGCUUGUUUGUUAAAAGCGCCGAUCCCGCCGCGUACGCGCCAACCCUGUAUCGGCAUUCAACGAUGUUCCCGUGGCGACGGGCGUCUCUCUGGGGAGACGUGCAGAGCUGUAGGUGUAGUGCUUCCUGUCUGUACUGCAGCGUGACUGCACAGCACACACACGGAAAACAUGAAUGAAGUGUUUCUGCUUUCGCUCCACUAGGGGGCAGCGCAUCGUGUUAACUUUGCCCCAGUUUGUCAGCAGACCGCUCGCUUCUAAAUGUCGAAGGAUUUAAUGAUGGUGGAACAAUAAAUAAUGUAAAUGCUGAUUGUA